AUGACAUACACAAUUACAAUAAGCUUAUUAUUAUUAUUUCUUAUUAUUUUCAUUGAUGUUCAUUCAGUUCUAGUACCACAGAGUGUUGAUGAGUAUCCUAAAAAUCCAGUGUGGACAGGUUAUUUAGCAGAUCCAUAUGCAUUUGAAGUUAAUGGAACAUAUUAUAUGAUUGGUACUGGCCUUGGUUUAAGUGGAGGUACAUUUCCAUCACUUAAAUCCGAUGAUCUAAUAACUUGGAAUUAUUCCGGUGAUGUUUUAUAUGCGACAAAACAACCUGAUCAACCAGAUCAAUAUUGGGCACCAGAAAUAGCUGAAAAAGAUAAUAUAUUUUAUUUAUUUUAUUCUGCUGGAUUUGGUGAAAAACAACAUCGUUUACGUGUUGCAUCAUCUAAAUCACCACUAGGUCCAUAUAAUGAUAGUCAAUCUAUAGAAUUGACAAAUGUAACAGAACUUGCAUUUGCUAUUGAUCCUCAUGCAUUUCAAGAUAAGAAAGAUGGACAAUGGUAUUUAUUUUAUAGUCGAGAUUUUCUUGAUAUGGAUAAUGGAUAUCGUGUAGGAACAGGUAUUGUAGUUGAUCGUCUUAUAGAUAAUAUGACACGAUUAGCUGGUGUUGAAGAAGUUGUUCUACGUGCAAAACAUGAUUGGCAACUUUAUGAAUCUAAUCGAACUAUUUAUGGUCAUGUAUAUGAUUGGUAUACGUUAGAAGGUGCUGCUGUUUGGCAAGAAGAAUCAGGAGUAUAUACAUGUUUUUAUAGUGGAAGUAACUGGCAAACUCCAACAUAUGGUGUUGAUUAUGGUAUUGCGGAUUCACCAAUGGGUCCUUAUAUAGAAGAUUCAACAGAUCGACCUCGAAUAACACGUUCAAAAGAAAAUGUUAUUAUUGGACCAGGACAUAAUUCAAUUAUUAGUGGACCUGAUAAGAAAACUACCUAUAUUGUUUAUCAUGCAUGGAAUGAAGCACGUACUAUACGUUCACCCUAUAUCAGUCAGUUAGAGUGGAAAACAAAAGUACCACAUAAUUCAAGUAGUGGACAAGAUCUACUUCAUGUAACACUUGUUUUUCUUUUCUAUAUUAUAGUUGUUCUCUUUAUUUUUCAUCAUGCUUUAUAA